AUGGCUCCUCUCAUUCUACAUAACGUUCCUGACGACGAGUGUUACGUUGGCGAUGAUGGCGUGAAGCGACCAUAUGCCAUGUAUUUCAACCAGCAAGAUGCUCCCCAAGGAAGCGCACGGUCACGUCGCAGCGCCGCUGAGUCUGGUUCCUUCGGUAAAUCCACACGGCGCUCACGAUCACGUACUGGUACACCUGCACGCAGUCGCGAAAAUCCUACACUAGCUGCUGCAGACAAGCUCUUUGGCGACUGGGUAUCGAACCAGGCUGCAACAGCGCCAUCUCAAACUGUUCAGCGCAAGAGCAGUGGUUUGAUGCAAGAAGAGGUUCCCGUCAAGCGAUCUGUUACUUCUACACCCGUCGAGCUCAUCCUUCGCGGCUACCGGUCAUCAACACAGCAGUAUGCCGCUAUUUCACACUAUGAAUCCCUUGCCGGCGCGAUCUUGGAGGAUUACCCUCGCGAACCUCCUGCCAGCCAACGCCGAUACAAAUCUGAGUUGCGCGACCCUGCCUUUACGCGACGUCGCAACCUGACAGCAGAUGAGCGAGCUAUGGUGAAUCGCGCAGAUGGCGGAGAGCACUGGGUGAAGGUCACCUUCGAAAGCAGAGAAGCUGCCGAAGCUGCUACUUUUGCCAGCCCUCAGAGAAUACUGGGUCAUCUGGUUUAUGCUGAGCCGUACCGAGGUGUUCCUCCCGCCAAAGACGAGGCUUGUCCCGAUAUCGAGGUCGUUCCAGACCAUUCCCGCUCACAAAGUAUGCCUGCUGCUGUUCCCACUGCCAAUGGUCGCAAGAGCUUCAGUGGGCCUACAUCGUUUAACAGCCGGCUCCUCGAUCUCUCUCCUCCUCAUUCGCAGACAUCUAGCUUUACCAUGGAUACUGGAACUAUCAGCAACUCUCACGCUUCUACAGCUACGAUCACCGAGCCUUUCCCUCUUCCUCAAGCUACCACAUCAAGCAUCGAACCCAUGGAGAUCCGUGAUGGCGACAGCGUUUUCUGCCGCCGCAUCCCUACUGCCCGUCGCGCUACCAUUCUUCCCGCCGAACAAGCUCUCCUACCUCAACAAACUAUGAUGCAACGGGUCGUCAAUGCUAUUCCCUUUGUGAAGUGGUUCGGCGGUAGCAUGAUCGGCAACGAAGUACCACGAACCGAGACCGGCGAGUUUGACUGGAGCAAAGCCAGUCUCUACUGGAAGCUUAUCUGGUGGCUCGACGCUACUUUUGGACUGUUCAGCGGCGAUGUACUCAAUGCCGACAAGGACGACUAG